CUUCGAUCAUGCCUUCCACGAGGUAAACAAUCUAAAGUUCUUUGAGCUGCGUUUCACGACCAUCAAGCGUUUCAUGCCCACCACCGACAGCUUUCUGUUACAACAAAUAACCUGUGAAUUGAUUUCCAAUGGCGUUGCGGCUAUUUUCGGACCAAGUUCAAAGGCAUCUAGUGAUAUUGUAGCGCAAAUAGCGAACACAACCGGCAUUCCACAUAUUGAGUUCGAUUGGAAAUUGGAGGCUACGCGUCAGGAGCACUUGAACCAUCAGAUGUCUGUGAAUGUGGCGCCCACCCUCACGGUCUUGUCGCGUGCCUAUUUCGAAAUAGUCAAGACCAACUAUGAAUGGCGCACCUUUACAUUGGUCUAUGAAACACCAGAAGGACUGGCCCGCCUGCAGGAUCUCAUGAACAUUCAUGCGCUUAAUAGCGAUUAUGUGAAGCUGCGAAAUUUGGCUGAUUACGCCGAGGACUAUCGGGUUUUGUGGAAGGAAGCGGCAGAGACUUUUCAUGAACAUCGCAUAAUAAUGGAUUGUGAGCCACAGACCUUGAAGGAAUUAUUACAGAUAUCGCUCGAUUUCAAGCUGCAGGGUCCAUUUAGGAAUUGGUUCCUCACACAUCUGGACACGCACAGCUCCGGUCUGAAGGACAUUUAUAAUGAGGACUUCAAAGCAAAUAUAACCUCGGUGCGCUUAAAGACUGUUGAUCCCAAUCCAUAUGAUCGGAAAAAGACGCGUAUUAGCAAAAUCGAUGAAAUUUUGGGAAAUCAGACCAUGUUGCCCUUACUUAUGUACGACGCGGUUGUGCUUUUGGCAAACUCUGCACGUAACGUGAUUGUGGCUAUGCCGCAAUACUAUGCACCCCAUAAGUACUGUGGUCUGGGCUAUGGGAGCGUCAGUCCUUGGGCACCGGGUCGUUAUAUAGUCGAAGAAAUGAAAACUAUAUCAGAGGAUGAUGUCGAGCCACGGUUUAAGACAGAAAAUAUGCGCCUGGACGAGUUUGGACAACGCACUCAGUUCAAUUUGGAGAUCUAUAAGCCAACUGUGAAUGAACCCUUAUUGGUGUGGACCCCUGAUGAUGGCAUAAAACCCAUACGAGUGAGUGCCGAACUGAAGAGCCCUUCAACUGCACAGGAUUUUUCUGUGCAACGUAAGGUCUACACAGUCGUUACACAUUUCGAAGAACCCUAUUUUAUGAUGAAGGCGGAUCACGAGAAUUAUCGCGGGCAGGAAAAGUUUGAGGGCUACGCUGUGGAUCUGAUAGCAAAAUUGUCCGAGCUGAUGGAGUUCGACUACGAGUUUAUGAUUGUGAAUGGUAAUGGCAAAUACAAUCCAGAGACUAGACAGUGGGAUGGGAUUAUUCGUAAGCUAAUAGAUCACCAUGCACAAAUUGGAGUCUGCGACUUGACAAUCACACAGCUACGUCGUUCCUAUGUGGACUUUACGGUGCCAUUUAUGCAGCUGGGCAUCAGCAUAUUGCAUUAUAAGAGUCCGCCGGCGCCGAAAGAUCCGUUUGCAUUCCUGAUGCCCUUUGCAUCAGAAGUCUGGAUGUAUGUGAUCUUUGCACAGCUUGUGAUGACUUUGGCUUUUGUGUUCAUAGCUAGGCUUUCGUAUCGCGAAUGGACGCCCCCCAAUCCAGCUAUACCCGAUCCCGAUGAAUUGGAGAAUAUAUGGAAUGUGAACAACUCCUCUUGGCUGAUGGUGGGCUCCAUUAUGCAGCAGGGCUGUGAUAUAUUGCCCAGGGGUCCACAUAUGCGUAUCUUAACGGGCAUGUGGUGGUUCUUUGCCUUGAUGAUGCUCAGCACCUAUACGGCCAAUCUGGCUGCCUUCUUGACCAGCAACAAGUGGCAGAGCACAAUUAAGGAUCUGCAGGAUCUCAUCGAACAGGAUGAGGUCAAGUUUGGCAGCAUGAACGGCGGCAGCACUUCGCUAUUCUUUUCCGAGUCUAAUGACACCGACUAUCAGCGCGCUUGGAAUCAAAUGAAGGGCUUCAAGCCCUCAGCAUUCACCAGCAACAACAAGGAGGGCGUGGCUCGAGUGCGCAAGGAGAAGGGCAAAUAUGCUUUCCUCAUGGAAACCACCAGCCUCUCCUAUAAUGUGGAGCGCAAUUGCGAUCUGCACGAGAUUGGCAGUCAGAUCGGUGAGAAGCACUACGGUUUGGCGGUUCCUUUAGGCGCCGACUAUCGCACCAACCUAAGCGUCUCCAUACUGCAGCUGAGCGAAAAGGGCGAAUUGUAUAAGAUGAAGAACAAGUGGUGGAAAAACCAUAAUGUCACCUGUGAAGCGGUACAUGAGCUGGACGGUGAUGAGUUAUCCAUUAUCGAGUUGGGCGGCGUGUUCUUGGUGCUGGCUGGCGGCGUUCUCAUUGGCCUCCUCAUAGGUGUGGUUGAGUUUCUCUGGAAUGUGCAGCAUGUGGCGGUCGAGGAGCGUGUAACGCCAUGGCAGGCCCUAAAGGCUGAAUUCAUAUUUGCCCUCAAAUUUUGGGUGCGACGCAAGCCGAUGCGUAUAUCGAGCAGUGGGGGCAGUGGGAAGUCUUCGCGACGUUCAUCAGCCUCGAGACGCUCCUCAAAGGAAAAAAGUCGCAGCAAGACGGCCCAAGUAUUGGUCAUGAUUGUAGUAAAAUUUCUGAUGCUGUCUGCGCUGAUGUGGUCAGCAGCGGCGAAAAAUAAUGACGAGUUGUGGGUUAAAGUUGGCGCCAUUUUCUUUGGCAGCGAGUUCGAUUUGGCAAUGGCUUUUGAUCAGGCCAUUGAGGAGGUAAAUGCUUUGAAUUUCGACAUCAAGCUGCUGGCCGUUAAGCAUUUUGUGAGCAUAGAUGAUAGCAUGUUGCUGCAGGAUAUGACUUGUGAUUUGAUUGGAAAUGGUGUUGCCGCUAUUUUUGGCCCAAGUUCAAAGACGAGCAGCGACAUUGUCGAGGUGCUCUGCAACAUAUCGGGCAUUCCACAUUUACAAUACGAUUGGCAUCCACAACAAACGGCUCGAGAACGUGUCAAUCAUCAGCUGACUGUAAACGUGGCACCCACCGAGCUGUUGCUCUCCACGGCGCUCUUUGAUAUUUUGAGCAACAAGGACUUCGAUUGGAAGUCGUUCACCAUCGCUUAUGAACGGAACUCGCAUCUGGCGCGGCUACAGCACGUUCUCGCCUGGAAGCAGCUGCAUAAGAACGGCCUCAAGUUGCAGGAAUUCCAGCGAGGUGACGACUAUCGUAUACUCUGGAAGCGCAUCAAUAAUGCCCGCGAGAGAUACGUGCUGCUCGACUGCCCCAGCGAUAUAUUGACGGAUGUGAUAAAUGCCUCCGUUCCUUUCAAUAUGACGGGCGCCUUCAAUCAUCUUUUUCUGAGCGAUUUAGACACGCAUAUCAGUGGCAUCGAUCGGUUUUAUUCCCGGGAGUUCACCGUUGCAGUCGCUGCUAUGAGACUCCGCACCUAUAUACCCCCUCCAGUGCAUGAUGAGACCGAUGUGUUUGGAGGUGACGAAGAGAACAAGUUUCCUUCGCUGCGCAGUCAACUUCUCUACGAUGCGGUCGUCUUGUAUUAUAAUUCUUUAGUUCAAGUCGUUGAGCGGACAGCCUUCUACACUCCUCAAUACGGCUGUGGGCGUGGGUUUUGGCAGCCCGGUCCGCUUAUAGUUCAGCAAAUGAAGGAACUGCCCAGAAAGCAGGUAAAGCCACCAUAUAAGACCCAACGCUUGCAGAUUAAUGAGGAGGGCCAGCGCGAUGACUUUAAUAUUGAGGUCUACAAUCCACUCAUCGACCGCGUGACACAUGUCUGGAACAAAGAAUAUCAAUUGGUGGACUUUGAUAUCCUUCGAGAAAAUUCCACGCAGGCGGUUAAGCAGCGACUUUUGGAAAGGAAAGAGGAUUUCUCGCAGAAGCCCGUCCGAUAUACAGUGGCUACUCGUGUGGGAAGACCGUACUUCAGCUGGCGCGAGGAGCCGGAAGGCGAGCAUUUUGAGGGCAAUGAGCGAUUUGAGGGCUACGCGGUGGAUUUGAUUUACAAGUUGGCCGAGGAGUGCGGCUUCGAUUUCGUUUUCGAACCUGUGCCCGACAAUAAGUAUGGCAGCUACGAUGCGGCAACUGAUGAGUGGGACGGCAUCAUCAGGCAGCUAAUUGAUAAUAAUGCACAGAUCGGAAUCUGCGAUUUGACCAUCACGCAGGCACGUCGUUCGGUCGUGGACUUUACGGUGCCAUUCAUGCAGUUGGGCAUAAGUAUUUUGUCGUAUAAGGAACCACCUCCUCCGGUGGACAUCUAUGCCUUUCUCAACCCCUACGGCUUCGACGUGUGGGUCUAUGUAAUGGUUGUUAUGAUGAUUACGUCGAUGGCUUUGGUGUUGGUCGGACGCAUGGAUGCGAAUGAGUGGGAGCCGCCUGUGCUUAAUGAGCAGCAGGAGGAGGAACGUGAGAAUAUUUGGCAUCUACGCAAUGCUGUAUGGUUAGUCUUUGGCUCAAUACUGAACCAGGGCUGCGAUAUGUUGCCCCGAGCUUUUCCAAUGCGCCUGCUUACAGCUUUCUGGUGGAUAUUCGCGCUGCUCAUCUCCCAGACCUACAUAGCCAAGUUGGCCGCCUUCAUCACCUCGUCUAAGAUGACCGGCGCCAUUACCAAUCUGCACGAUCUGGUCGACCAGAAUAAGGUGCAGUUCGGCACAGUCCGCGGAGGUGCUACCUCCGUGUAUUUCUCCGAGUCCAAUGACACAGAGAAUCGCAUGGCUUGGAACAAAAUGCUGAGCGUAAAACCCGAUGCCUUUACGAAGAAUAAUGAGGAGGGCGUCGAUCGUGUCAAGCUCAGUCGUGGCAGCUACGCCUUUCUCAUGGAGACCACCAACUUGCAAUACUACGUGCAACGAAACUGCGAACUUACCCAAAUAGGCGAGAGUUUCGGCGAGAAGCACUAUGGCAUUGCAGUACCCUUAAACGCCGAAUUUCGAUCCAAUCUGAGUGUUGGUAUCCUGAAACUGAGCGAACAGGGCGUGCUCUAUAAUCUGCGCAACAAAUGGUUCAACAGCAAUGAGAGCAAUUGCGAUGCCGGCGACUCCGUUGUCGACGAUGGACAAUUCGAUAUGGAUUCUGUGGGCGGUCUCUUUGUGGUGCUCAUUGUGGGCCUGGUGAUCUCGUUUCUUAUUGGCAUUGCCGAAUUUUUGUGGCAUGUCCAACGUAUUGCUGUGAAGGAGAAGAUACCCCCCAUGGUGGCCAUGAAGGCCGAACUAAAGUUUGUCAUACGCUUCUGGCUGAAGCGCAAGCCACUUAAGACUUAUCUCACCAGUCGGGACUCGACCUCGACUGGUUACUCCUCCUUGGAACAAAUCUCGAGCACUUCCACUGCAAAAAAGAGAAAAAAACUUAAAAAGCGAGAUGAACAACGUGAGCGGGCGUGCUGA